GACUGCCAGCAUGAAGGGAAUUGUCCAUCUCUGUCCCGGUGCUGCUACUGUGUUAGUCUCGCAAUUGCGGCAAGAUGGUGUCAUCGUUCACUCGCAUAUUUGCAAUGCAGUUUUGGCAGCGAGGAUAAUGAAAGCAACGCUUGUGCUGCCUUGUGGAACGAUAAAAGAGGUCAUUUAUGAUUUACAACACUUUAUCAAAUCGCUUAGACACGACGUCAAGAAUCGUUUCAAACCGGACGUGAUGCAGCUGAGAAAGUCAGCAGGCUCCGCGCUGAAGGCCACUUGAUGUCGAUCCACCUCCGAUAUGAGAUGGACAUGCUCGCUUACGUACUUUCGACUUUCGCAUUCUUUCGCCACUGACAAGCUUCUCUCAGGUGCCUCGCUUCAGUAGAUACUAGGAAAGUCCAGGAAGCCGGAAGUGUCUCUUUACACCGGAAGAAGUCGGGCAGGCAAUUGGCUUCGACACAAUUCGACGUGCCUCUACCUCGCAGUGGGCGACAUCUUUCGAGGCGAGAGGUUCAUGCACCCACUGCGAGAAUCCUGACCUGGAGAAUUGCACUACCGUCGCUGCUCCGGACUGACCAGGCCGAAGGGAGAGGACUACUGGGACCGCCGGUGGGUGCUUGUCAAUUCAUGAGA